GGGGACAGUCAUUCUACCUUGCAGAAGUCAAGCGCGGCGCAACCAAGAGACAUUCUAAUUGAAUUCAAACUUCAACUGCAUUGAUAUCUGCUCUCACAUCCCGGUUAGAGAUCUAGUUUUUGAAGAUAGAUCUUCUGCGAGUUGACAAAGGAGUUUUUGUGGUAUUGGGACAUUUUGCACUGGYCUGAGACACAACCAGAAUGACCACAGAGCCACACAUCAAAAGACCAAUGAACGCGUUCAUGAUCUGGUCAAGUAAAAAACGCCGAGAGCUCGCGAAAGAAAACCCAAAGCUUCACAAUUCUCAAAUAAGCAAGAUACUCGGCACAGAAUGGAGAAAAUUAGGAGAAGAAGAGAGACAAAAGUUUUUUGCUGAGGCCAAACUUUUGAAUGAGCUCCACAUGAUUGAGCAUCCGAACUACAAAUAUCGACCAAGACGAAGAGUGAAGCGACGUUCUUUAGGUCGCCAGGGUUGCGGUUACUCUUGUUUCUGCCACGAGCACGUUGMAGGACUACAGAGCUCUCGAGUUGAAAGACAUGAAGGUUCGAAUGCUCCAAUGAUUAAAGAAAUUGGUACAGACGAGCCAAAUCAAAACGAAACAGAGGUCAAUGAAGACGACUUAGAGGCAAGAAGUACAGCUGACGAAGAAACAGAAAUGGAAACUCGAGAAGUUAAAACAGAAGAAGGAACCGAUAAUGCAGACUCAGGAAUACCAAAAAAAGGUGGGAAGCUGCUAGUUUCUACUGCAGAAGUGAAGCAAGAAGAGGAAAAAGAGGAGGAUGAAUUUAAUGUUUUUCAUGCUUCGUACUCAAGUUUCCGUCCAUAUACUCCAGAAAAAAGAGGACAUUUUGUAGGGUCUUUCGUACCGAGUCAGCUUUACUGGCCCACGAAGUGUGGYAGGUACACGACACUUGCUGCACCAGCUACACCACCUCAUGUUCUGUGCUCUUGUUGCUCUAGCAGUUUGGUUCCGCACAGUUUCGAUGCWAGAAUGCAUUCGUUUGAUUGGUAUCAAAGGGAAAGACAUUCGCAUAGAAAUUCGGGCAGAUCACAUUGCCAUCGAAAUGAAAAAUGGUGAUAGAGAAAGCUGGAUUCAAAACGUACGCACAAGAUAGACAAUCAGUGAGAUAUCAUUGAAACUAAAGUUAAAAGUGGUGAUGUUGAAAGACUGUAUUUGGAUUGGUAAAAACUUAGACACUCUGCCAGAACCCAUUACCUUUGAACUAAGAGACUAUUAAGUGGCAAAGAUUUUCAUAGGAGAACAAUAUAGACUAUAAUCCACACAAGAACCUCUAAAUAGCCUUGGGUGUUAAGACACUAAUACGUAAUAUUUUCAUGUACUAUACCAUGUCCAUGUGAAUUGUUUUCUUUUUAUCCUAACCAGGUUAAGAUUAAUGUUUUCAAUGACCAUAAUAAUUAUAACMACAAUGAUAAUUUGGUUUGAGUUUGAUGUACGCUGGCCCAGUGCGAAAAAUGGAAAGAUAAAGCGCAAACUAAUUGUAAGAAAAGCAUACGGUCAUUCUUUCAUUAAAAUUGAACACUUUGUCUA